AAUACACGAUGAAAUUUCCUUCCACUCUGUUCUGGAUUUUUCCUAAUUGCUUGUUCACUUUGUUGCUGUCAAUCUGUGUUUGAUUGUUUUCCAGAGCUCCUAUGAAGUUUUUCAGCUAAUUUCUCUUAUUAUUCUUGUCUUUCCAUGGGAGAGUUCAGUCCUCCCACCUCACCAUUUUGCUGACAUCACUGUACGUGUUAAAUUUUGUCUUCACAACGUUCUCGUGUAUCAAUGCAUCACAAUUUCUGUUAUCUUUCCAAAUUUGUUGCAUUUUAAUUUGUUUAUAGGUUUUUCAUUUAUGAAUGAUGUGGAGAAGUUAGUAAAUUAUGUAAAAUAUGUAUCAGUGACAUUAUAAGAGUACCCUAAAAGUUAUAUAACUAGCUACAAGGAAUCAACACUCAAAGUCUCUUUGCACACUGUACAUGGUAUCCUAAGGCUAUUAAUAAUUAACUUCCAAUAAGCACUUUGCCAAAAUGUCUUGUUUCAGUUUUCUGUUCAGGAUUUCACCAGUCAGGGAGAAGAAAAAAUCCCAGUCGGCUUACUCAGAAGAGGAACAGACAAUGGAUCCCAAAGGCCAGAAACUGAAGCUUAAUGAUGGCCACUUCAUUCCUGUCCUGGGAUUUGGAACCUAUGCACCUCCAGAGGUUGCUAAGAGGGAUGCUCUGGAAUUCACCCCAUUUGCUAUAGAGGUUGGGUUCCGCCAUAUUGACUGUGCUCACGCUUACCAAAAUGAAGAGCAGAUAGGCCAGGCCAUUCGAAGCAAGAUCGCAGAUGGCACUGUGAAGAGAGAAGACAUAUUCUGCACUUCAAAGCUGUGGUGCACAUCCUUUCGACCAGAGUUGGUCAAACCAGCCUUGGAAAAGUCACUGAAAAGUCUUCAACUGGACUAUGUCGAUCUCUAUAUUAUGCAUUAUCCACUGGCUCUGAAGCCAGGGGAGGAAUUAUAUCCAAAAGAUGAAAAUGGAAAACUGAUAGCUGACUCAGUGGAUCUCUGUUGCACAUGGGAGGCCCUGGAGAAGUGCAAGGAUGCAGGGCUGGCCAGGUCCAUCGGGGUGUCCAACUUCAACCAUAAGCAGCUGGAGAAGAUCCUGAACAAGCCGGGGCUCAAGUACAAGCCUGUCUGUAACCAGGUGGAAUGUCACCCUUAUCUCAAUCAGAGGAAACUGUUGGAUUUCUGCAAGUCACAUGAUAUUGUUCUUGUUGCCUAUAGUGCUCUGGGAUCCCAAAGAGUAAAAGAAUGGGUGAACCUGAACCACCCCGUUCUCUUGGAGGACCCAGUUCUCUCUGCCAUCGCCCAAAAGCACAAGAAAACCCCAGCUCUGGUUGCCCUUCGCUACCAGAUACAACGUGGGGUUGUGGUUCUGGCCAAGGGUAACAAAAAGGAGUGGAUCAAAGAGAACAUGCAGGUGUUUGACUUUGAACUGACUCCAGAAGACAUGAAAGCAAUUGACGGCCUCGACAGAAAUAUAAGAUAUUGUGAUUUUCAACUGGGUGUUGGUCACCCUGAGUUUCCAUUUUCUGAAGAAUAUUGACUCUUAGUCUUCCUUCUGGAUCUUCAAGAAUUUCUUGCUUCUAGGGGAUGGGAUUUUUGUACUUGGUGGAGGUGCUUAAAUGAAGUGUCCGAAUAUUUAAAAGCUUGACUUUCCUUAAAAAAAGAAAAAUAGUUUAUGAAACAAUAAAGACUUCAAAGUAAGAAUACUCUUUCUUUCUGAUAUUUGAAAAAACAUGCAAAUUGCAGAAAAUUUGGAAAACAGAAGGGAAAGGAUUGGAAAUAAAAAUAAGCUAUGAUUAAACCAUUUGCUAAUACUUAACUUUGGUGCAUUUUCUUUAUGAAUCCUAUGCAAUUGUGUAUGUGUGUUUAUAUACAAAGACAAGUAAUCUUCAAUCUACAGAUUGUAUGUUUAUUUUUUAACUUAGCAUAAUUAUCUUGAUAAGCUAAAAAUAUGAUUUAAAAAAUCCAGUAUUAUAUUUUUUAUUGUAAAGCAACACAUCUUAUUCAUUUAUUUAAUUUCUUAAUUGUCCGCCCAUGCUUAGCAUUUUGAUGAGGUCUUAUAUAUUCUCCUAGUAUUUCAUUAGUUGCCAUUCACUGUCAUUCAGCAAAGCUUUUUACUGAAUGUUUUUUAGUAGUGAAUUGUUUUAUCAAUAAAUGUUAAUUAAAAUGAGAA